AUGAGAAUACGGCGAUGGACAACUAUUCUCAUAUCGACCACCCAGCUUUUCGCACCGCAAGCAUUGCUGGAUAAUCAAACACCAACCAUCAAAGACAUCCCAGUGCUUCCAUUUUCAAGCAAUGGCCGCGGACUUUCUUCACGAGCACUUCAGAGCAAGAGUGCAACAACCAAAGCGUUGGAGGAGAGGGACCUAGUCCAGCUGGGCAUCAGUGCCAGUCAAGGAGACAAGGACGCUCAGGUUGCUCUUGGCAAUAUGUAUAGGGAUAGUGAGGGCGCUCGACAAGACUAUCAAGCAGCGACGGAUUGGUACCUUCAAGCUGCCAACCAGGGCGAUGCAAAUUCCCAGCGCGAAGUAGGCGUUAUCUACUAUGAAGGUCUCGGUGUCUCACAGAGCUAUUCGAUGGCGAUGUAUUAG